AUAAGGAGAAAGAACAUUUUUUUUUGGCAGAGUUUAAUGUGACUCGGGAUGUCUUGGAAAUCAUCAUUAGUCACAACUUUUACCUGAAUGAAACAAACACUCUAAAAGUUGGAAAGAUUGAAAUUUGGGGAAUAAAUUAUGACAUCAUAACUCAAGUCAACAUUACUUAUGCCAACGGGACUUCUGUGGAAACUAACUUUAGCAGUGACCCAUCAAAACAGAUACUAACCAUUCAGUUGACUAACAAGAUGAUCAGCCUGCAAGAACUAUCUCAAGUUACUUGGAGGGGUAAUAAUCAUGUGACUACUACUUCAAGUAACAUCCCAACAACUACUACUGAUUUUUCUCUGACUACUUCUACCAGAAGUCACACUACAUUUACUACUUCACUUGCUACUAGUGUUGCUGGUGUGUUUACUACUAAUGCACCAGAUAUUUUCCCAACAAGUAUUUCACCUACCACUCAUUACACAACAGAAAUAACUUCAAACACCAUGGAUAUUAGUACCAGUGCUGCUCCUCCUAGUACUACUGCUGCUUUUACUACUAAUACUGCUAUAAUUCCAAGCACUUUCCCAACAAGUAUUUCAUCCCCCAUUGAUGCAAUUACUGAUUACACUACAGACACAAUUCUAAGCACCACUACUAGUGGUAGUAGUGCUGCUCUCCCUUCUAAUCCAGUUACCAUGAGCAAUACUAGUAUUAGUACUGAUAUGGCUGGUGAUAUUACUAGUAGUACUCCAAGUUCCUUUCAAACAACUAUUUCAUCCACCACUGAUGCAAGUACUCAUUUCACUACAGACACAAUUCUAAGCAUCACUACUAGUGGUACUAGUGCUGUUCCCCCUCCUAGUCCAGUUACCAUGAGCAAUAGUAGUAUUAGUACUACUAGUGCUAAUAGAACUAGUGAUGCUAGUACUAGUAAUACUAUUAAUCCAAGUACUUUUCCAAUAAGUAUUUCAUCUACCACUGAUUUAAGUACUUAUUACACUGUAGAUACACUUGUAAACAUUACUACUAGUAGUACUAGUGCUUUUCCCCCUACUAGUCCAGUUACCAUGAAUAAUAGUAGUGUUAGUACUAAUAAUACUAGUACUGUUGAGACUAAUGGAUAAUACUAGUAGCAGUAAUAUUCCUAUACCAAGUAUCUUUUCAAUAAAUAUUUUAUCUCCCACUGGUAUAAUUACUCAUUGCACUAUAGAUACAAUUCUAAACACUACUACUAGAAAUAUUAGUGUUGAGCCUCCUCCUAAUCCAAUUACUAUGAACAAUACUAGUAUUAGCACUGCUGGUACUACUAGUAUUGGUAAUACUAACGCUAGUAUUAGUUAUACUAGUAUUGGUAAUACUAAUAUUCUAAAUACCUUUUCAAUAAAUAUUUUUCUACUACUGAAAAUAUUACUUAUUUCAGUAUAGCCAAUAUUCCAACCACUAUUAUUAAUAGUGCCAAUGCUAUUCCUCCCCUUAGUGCUAUUUCUGCUACUAACACUAGUACUGCUAUUGCCUUCAGCACCUUUGCAACAAUACUUAAUCUAUUUAUAUAAUUACUCAUUACACUGAAGCCUAACAUCAUUAUUUUUAGUACUAGUGCUGUUCUUCCUACUUAACAACCAUUAGUCCUAGUGCUGCUCUAGUACUGGUGAUAAUAGUAGUUUUGGCAAUACUUAUAGUAGUAAUUAUACUACUACUAUAUGUACUUUUCUAAAAAAUAUUUCAUUUACCACUGAAAAUACUACUUAUUAUACUACAGCCACAUUUCCUAAUGGCACUGAUAACAGUGAAGAUGAAUUAUCACUGGUAUUCCAUCUAUGAUUAUUUCAAAUAUUAAUCUUGAUAUUCUAAAUAUCAUAUACACUUCUAUUACUAAUACUAGUAUAGAAAACACAAGUCUUCACUUUACACAUAUUUCUCUUUACACAGCUAUUCCUGGAAUCAGAGGCAUAACUAAAAAAAUAUAACAACAAAUAUGGUGGCUACUUUAAAAACAACCACAAUAAGUUCUAUUCUUGUUAUAAGUUUAGGUAUCAUAGAUCCAACUGCUCCAAAUAAUACCACAGUUUUUAUAAAUACUGCAACUAAUAUUGUUGAAAGCUUGACACUACAGAUAUCACCAUUACAAAUACAGGAAUAUCUUGGAAAUCUUGUGGAUUUGGUUCCAGACCACCACAAUAAAGUGAAUAUUGAUUUAAAGCAAGCCAUAUGAAUUUUUUGGCUCCCUGGUAUAUAAAAAGUUAUGUUUAUACUAUGCUGUAGUCUAUGAAAUAUGCAAUAGUAUUAUAUGUCAAAAGCCAAUGUAUAUAUCUUAAGUUAAUACUUCAUUGUUAAUGACAACUGUCAUCUGAACCUUUAGUGAGUCAUAAGCUUUUCUUGAUGGAGGGUCUUGCCUUGAUGCUGAUGGUUGCUGAUGAGAGUGGUAAUGGCUGAAAUUUGGGGUAGUAGCUGUGACAGUUUCUUAAUAAGAAAAUAAUGUUUAUCAUGUCAUUUGACUUUUUUCCUUUUAAAUUCUUAAAGGUAACUGUAGAGUUAUUAGUCUAAUUUCAUUAUUUUUGUGUCUUAGAAAUACAGACUCAAAAAGAGAGAUGGGGAAAGGGCUGAUUGAAUUAUCAGUCAGUACACACAUAAUAUUUAUCAAUUAAGUUCACUAGAUUACAUGGGCAUGGCUUGUGGAGCUCCAAAACAAUUAUAAGAAUAACAUCAAAGAUUAUUGAUCAUAGAACAUCAUAACCAAUAUAAUAAUAAUAAAAAUAUUUGAAAUAUUGUGAGAAUUACAAAGAUAAUGAUAUGAGCACAUAUUGUUGGAAAAAAUGGUACCUAUAAUCUUGUUUGAUAUAAUGUUGCCACAAACCUUCAAAUUAUAAAAAAUGUAAAAUUGCAAAGCUCAAUAAAGAGAAAUAAAAUAAAA